CCGGACAUUUCGCCCAAAACUGUCCGCAGCCAAAGCAUAAUCAGCCCCCACCUGCUGCGGCUCCUGUGGCCCUGAAUCAAGGACAAGUGGCCGCAUUGAUGGAUACGGCCCAACAAGGGGAGCUCGUGGCAUAUGCCCCAGAACAGCCUUCCCCCUUGAUGACAACGGCGUCGACAUCGGGGGCUUCUUCCUCUGACGUUGCUAAGGUGGUCGAUCCACUUGAGUAUCUUCAUCUCGCCGGCAUGAUCGGAGCGAUCCGAUCGGCCCCUGAUGAUCUCGAAUGGGUCGAUCGCGAAUCCAAUCCUGGUCCGCAGUUUCGGACGGGAGAAACUGAUGUAUUGAGAGCGCUCAAGCAAUUGGAUAUUCGCGUUCCUAUCCCAGUAGGACAUUUUCUCACCAUAUCCGAAGCUGCGAAUGAUAAACUCUUGCAACAUUACCAGAAAAAUCAAAAGCGCUUUACGUACCAGCGCAUACAGCGGAUGUUAAAAAAGAAGGAAGGAGGCGAGGAAGUUACACCUCCCGAACCCGAAGCCGCACGUACAGCACCGAUCCCUUUAGCAGAGAAGGAUCACUUCGUACAAGCUCAGCCGGUACUGUGGAAGAGCGCGAAAUGUGAUUGCGAAGUUUGGGGCAAGCUGUUUAACGCCCUUAUCGACACAGGGUCUUCUGCAGUGGCCAUAUCAUUAGACACUAUCAGAAAGACAGGACGACUCGGAUCCAUUCUUCCUCAAUUUGGCAAAGACAAUUAUGUCUUUGCCGACGAGGAAGCAAUGAACAUCGUGGACAUUAUUGAGAAUGUGGCUGUAAAGGUUGGACGAGUACACGUCCUUGUUAAUGCACUAGUAAUAGAUGUGACGUGGACGCGGACCAGCGAGCAUCCCACGUGUCUCGAAAAUCUGGAAUUGCUGAUUAUACAAGCUUGGAGGACUAACGUGGAAGGUGAUCUCCUCGGUUUUCUCUUCGGAUCGGUGCGGCCGGGACAUCGCCAGUUAAUCGCUCAAGAACUCAUCACGUCGAUCGUGCAACUGGCGGACGAUCUCUCUCCUGACAUCGUGUCGCAAAGCGACGACAGCCUCGCUCCGCACGUACUCACGCGAACGUUGGAUCCGUAUCUUCAGUGGAGUGCGUGCUUGGAAGAGCCUGGGGGCGAAGACUCUCUACCGUCGUGGAAGGAGUAUCUGAAGCCAUACGGCAUCAUCGAUCACGCCUUCCAUCCGAAGGCAGAGGAGGUGGCGAUAGAGGAGGUGGCGAUGGAUGAGGAGGAAAGUGACGGCGACGAGGAAACAUGGGAAGAGGGAAGCUAUAGCGAGUAUAGCGAGGGCGAGGAAAGCGAAGAAGAAGAAGAGGAAGAAGAAACUGGGUCUGAGUGGGAAGCCUUGCCGGAGGAAGCAACGCAUACCGACACGGAGGCGGAAGAUCCUGAGGCAGCACGAAAGCGGGAAGAAAUUGCCACCGGGAAACGCCAGCUGGAGUUCGCCCGCGGAGCAAGCCUGCGCAUCAGUGACGAUCCGACCAGGGAUCAGGAGCCGCCGAAGCCCGAAGAUGGCGACCCAGCCGCCGCCACCCCAAGCACCUCACGGCGGAGACGGAGCCGAUCCUCCUCCCCCUCCAGCCCCACUCGUCCCCCAGUUCGUCCACGUACCGAUGCGGGGGUCCGGGGGAUAGGCCUUCGUCCUCGGAUGUUAUCCCGCCGUCCCCUUGAUUACCUCACCCUCGAGCAGAUCCGCACUCCCGUCACCUUCCCCCGCAACCCUUUCCCUCCCCAUCUCUUCUGUCACUUCUACUCUACGCGCCUGGUCGCUACCGUCUACCUUCAUCCCUCCCUUCAGCCCGCUGCCCCCACGUUCUGUCUGCAUAUCCUGUUGUUCAGUGUUGCAUGGGAGCAGUGCAACGUAAUUGAAGUUUACUGCGUAGCUAUGGGAACAAUCCCCGCCUGUCGCAAUUAUGAUUUCUUUCGCGCAGCGCUCUUCCGCACCCUCUCCUCCCUCUACCACGACUAUCUCGUCUCCCUCCCUCAUAGCGGCGAUCGCUUCCCUCGCUUUCACCGGAUCAUUCGCUAUGACGAACUUCCGGUGAUGGUAGAAGGGAUGAACCGAUACCUGCCCCCACUUCCACCCCGUCAUCCCCAUGAACUCCCCGCCAUGUACCGCGUCUACUUCCCCGUUCCAACAAGGCGGUAAAUCCCAAUCGCCUGACUACUCCACUCCCUCCCUUCACCCAGUCAAUAGGGGAAGGCGGCACGAAUCAGUAAGCUUCGC